CAGACACAAAGUUAACCUUCAGCGUUAGUCUCUCUAUACAAAUACCAGAACACACAUCGAGCGCUAUUCGUUUACUUUACUUCGCAUAAAUUCGCAGCACGGCAACAAUCUGGGUAAUGGGUUUGUUACAUCGCAAGCUCCCAACUGUUAAAUAAGUAACAAAACACAACCCGAAAUGGUUUUGUUUAACUGUGGUUGCUGUAACAUUGUGGCUGCAUUAAUAACACUGGUCGUCGUCGUAGUUGCGUACUUCAAAUGGAGUUUCCAGUAUUGGAAACGUCGAAACCUCCCCAACUUAAAACCCACAAUUCCCUGGGGAACAUCCACUGAUCCCUUUAAACCAGAUGUUUAUGUCGGCUUACAAGUAAAGCGCCUAUAUGACGAAAUGAAAGUCAAAGGAUGGAAACAUGGCGGACUUUUCUCCAUUACAAGUCCCACAUACCUAGUGGUUGAUUUAGACUACCUGAAAAAUAUUAUGGCAAAAGAUUUUCAGUACUUUGUCGACCGUGGAUUCUACUAUAACGAAAAAGACGAUCCCCUUAGUGCCCAUCUUUUUGCAAUAGGUGGUCAAAAAUGGAGAAAUUUGAGGACUAAAUUUACACCAACUUUUACUUCUGGAAAGAUGAAGAUGAUGUUCCAGACACUAGUAGAUUGCCUACCCAACCUUCUCGGAAAAAUUGAAUCAGGUUGUGACACUCAAACACCUAUUGACAUCAAGGAAGUUCUAGGAUGUUUUACUACGGAUGUUAUUGGUUCUUGUGCUUUUGGUUUGGAUUGUAACACAUUUAAAGAAGAGAACUCGCCUUUUAGAGAAUACGGUCGUAAAGCUCUCCAAGUACAACCAUUGCUGAUGUUACGACUAGUGUUUGCUAUGCUUUGUCCCAAUGUGGCCAAACGUUUAGGAGUAACAGCAGUACCUAAAGACGUAUCAGGGUUCUUUAUGAAAGUAGUCAAAGACACGAUUCACUAUAGAGAAACCAACAAAGUCAGUCGUAACGACUUCUUACAAAUACUCAUAGAUUUAAAAAAUCAAGACAGUAACGCUUUAACAAUCGAAGAAGCUGCAGCUCAAUGUUUCGUCUUCUUUUUAGGUGGAUUUGAAACGUCUUCCACCGUUAUGACUUUUGCACUUUACGAAUUAGCACGAAAUCCUCACUUACAAGAAAAAGUGAGACAUGAAAUUAACACCGUUUUGGAUAAACAUGAUGGCAAAAUUACAUACGAAGCUAUUCAAGAGAUGAAAUACAUGGACCAAGUGAUCAACGAGGCCUUAAGAAUGUAUCCUCCACUUUCAAUUCUUACUAGAAAAUGUGUCAAAAACUAUAAAGUUCCAGAUGAAGAUGUUAUUAUCGAAGAAGGUGUCCUCGUUAUAAUACCAGUCUUAGCUAUCCACUACGACGAGAACUACUACCCUGAGCCUGAGAAAUUUGAUCCGGAACGAUUUUGUGACGACAACAAGAAGGCGAGGCACCAGUAUGCGCAUCUUCCCUUUGGUGAAGGUCCUAGGCUUUGUAUAGGUGUACGUUUUGGAAUGAUGCAGACAAAAGUUGGAUUAACGACUCUUCUAAAACACUAUAGGUUUACAGUUAACGGGAAAACUCAAGAGCCAUUGAAAAUGAAAGUAGACUCGAUGAUAACAGCUGCUGAAGGUGAAAUUUGGUUGAAUGCCGAGAAAGUAAAAAUUGGAGAAGAAAUUAUCGCGUCGGAAUGAACAGUAUUUAAAACAAGAAAGUCGAAGACACCCUUAUUCUGCUAACAAGUAAAUGUUGCUAAAUCCAUUUGUUGUAGCUUAUGUCUAUAGUAACGAUGAGCCUUUGAAAUGUUGCCUUAUGUGUACGAUUGUAAAAACCGUGGCACUAACCAAAGUUCUUUCAGAAAAUUUUCAAUUUAUAUAUAUGACAAAUAUUUUUAUAAACUAACUAUAAGUUACCAACUACUUAAUAUGUGUUUAAAAACAGUACAGUCAUGAGAAAUCUUUUGCAAAUGGCAUGCAUCUGCUUCUCUUCAGAAAUUAUUUGCAGAUGAUGUUUAGACAAAAUUAAACAAUUUGUAUACUGUGCUCAUACUUUUUUUUUUAUUUAGGAUGCAAAUGUCUAACAGUUUUGCAAGUAUAUUAUCUUUUGUGUAGUGUUUACAUUUUUUAUAACAGUAUUUUAAUCUUGAAUUUCUUGUUGCAUAUGUUUUAACUUACAACAAAUUCAGUUUUAUGAGGCGACCGAGAAAAAUUUCCCGCUCUCAGUUACCUUUGGCUAAAACAAGUAAAUUUUUGCUGCUAUAAAUUUAAGGCCCGAAUUAUAUGCAAAGUGUAUAUAACUUCUGUUUUUAAACAAUAGGCUUUAAAAGAAUGCAUUUUUUUUCAGUCUUACUGCAUAUUCAUGCAUAUUUUUGUAAAAUUUUCAAAUUGUACCUUUAUUCACCAAAUGUCGCGAUUUUCGGUAGAAUCUUAACCUGGAAAAACCAGUAGUAAAGACAUCCUAAUUCAAAGUGAGACAUUCUGUUUAUUGGUACAAGAUUGAAUAUACCCGUUUCAUUCUUAAA